CCCGGGGCGGCCGGGGGGGCCCGUCCCGUCCCGUCGCAGUCGGAGGAGCAGGACCCGUGGGGGGGUCCGGGCAGGAACAGCCCCUGGUGUGGUCCCCCGCGCUGGCCAGCAAAGCCGCAGCUGCAGGAGCGGGUCCAGCACAGGGAGCCGCGGGGCAGGAGGUCGCAGUGAGUGUGCAGGUCGAGGAGGUGUCCGCACACAAGAUGCCGUCCACUGCAGUAUUGCAGGACACUGGUGAUUCUUGGCCGGGGGAACCAACAGCCCAUCAUGUGGACAGGCCUGUGGAGGAGUCAGCAGAGAGGAAAGCCCCAGAGUCUUGGGACGAGCCACCUCCUGUCCCCAGAGAGGAGCCCCUGCCCCCCCAGGACUCAGAUUCCCCCGAAACCGAGGAGACCUGGGAGCUCUCAGCAGACAAAAGCUCCUCCGGCUGGUGCCCCAGGCCAGGCCCUUCCCCAAGAGCAGGUGCUGGGACCCUGAGCAGCGCUGAGCAGAAACCUCCUGGAGAAGAGCCUGUGAAGCUGGAGCUGCAGAGGACUGGCCCAGGGGGACUGGAGGAGAGGGGCUCUCUGACACCUGAGCCGGGCCCAGUGCAGGAGGGGCAGGGCAGGCCUCCAAAGCACGGGCAGAGCCUGGAGCUCCGGGAGGUGUUUGAGGCCGUGGCAGUGUAUUUCACGCGGGAGGAGUGGGAGCUGCUGGACGAUGAAGACAAGGUGCUUUACCGGGACCAGAUGCUGAAGACUUACCAAGCCCUCGUUUCCCUGGGAUAUCGAGGUCCUACACCUGCCUUAAUCAGCAGCAUGCAGCAAGGACAGGUGGAGCUCUGGGUCUGUGACGAUGAGGCCUGUGGAAAAAUCUCAAUGUCAGAGGAGCUGCUGCUGGGAGGUGCCUGGCUGCUGAGCAAAGCUGAGGAGCAGACUCCUGCGGAGGGGCCUGCAGACCUGGAGCCAUCAUGGACUUCUCCAGGGAGUUUGCAUGACAUGGACACCCCGAAACCUGGGAAAGAGCAAUGGCACAAGAGUCCAGGGAGGCUCCAAAUGUGGAAGGAGAAUGUAGCAGUGAACCAGGUACCAUCUCCAGUUGGGUGUGAGAGUGGAGGAGGGACAGACCCCAGAAACAGCCCUGAGUGCAGGGAAGAAUUUGUGGAGCUGAGAGACCUAAAGAGCCACUGGAAAGAGGCGCUGCAUCCAAACCGAGGCAGUGGGGAGGGCUUCAGAGGAAAGCAGGAGCUCACUGCUAUUCACUGGGGCAGAGCCCAGCCCUGCCCUGAAGUCAGGAAAACCCUUGACUGCCCAUCACUCCUGGCUCUUCACAAGGUAAGGCAAAGUGGGGGGAAGCUCCACAUAUGCUUCAAGUGUGGGAAGAGCUUCACCCGAUUCUCCAACCUGACCCGACACCAACUCAUCCACACCGGGGAGAAGCCACAUCAGUGCUCAGAGUGUGGGAAGAGAUUCCACCUGUCCUUCUACCUGACCAAACACCGCCUCAUCCAUACAGAGGAGAAGCCACACCAGUGCUCAGAGUGUGGGAAGAGCUUCAGACAGCUCUCCGACCUGGCCCAGCACCGGCAUAUUCACACACAAGAGAAGCCACAUCGGUGCUCACAGUGUGGGAAGAGCUUCACGCGAUUCUCCAACCUGACCCAACACCAGCUCAUCCACAGAGGGGAGAAGCCACAUCAGUGCUUAGAGUGUGGGAAGAGGUUCAAUCUGUCCUCCACCCUGACCCAACACCAGCGCACCCACACCGGGGAGAAGCCACAUCAGUGCUCAGAGUGUGGGAAGAGCUUCACCCGAUCCUCCAACCUGACCAAACACCGCCUCAUCCACACCGGGGAGAAGCCGCAUCAGUGCUCCGAGUGUGGGAAGAGCUUCAGACAGUUCUCCGACCUGGCCCAGCACCGGCUUAUUCACACAGGGGAGAAGCCACAUCGGUGCUCACAGUGUGGGAAGAGCUUCACCCGAUCCUCCAGCCUGACCCAACACUGGCUCAUCCACACCGGGGAGAAGCCACACCAGUGCUCAGAGUGUGGGAAGAGGUUCAACCUGUCCUCCACCCUGAUCAAACACAAGCGCACCCACACAGGGGAGAAGCCACAUCAGUGCUUGGAGUGUGGGAAGAGAUUUACCCGAUCCUCCUAUCUGACCAAACACCAGCUCAUCCACACAGGGGCGAGGCCACAUUGCUCAUAGUGUGGACAGAGCUUAACCAGUUUUUCCCCCUCGUCUCUAGUGGGCAAACUGAGUUAUGCUCAGGCUCUUAGUGUAACCUUAGGCUUUCCUGGAUCUAAGCAAUUGUAUGGAAUGCCUCACUGGGAAAACUGAGUGCUGUGAUUGGUACAGUGGGCUAACCAAGUACAGUAGUUUCCCUAGGAGGAAAGAAAACCAAGACCAGAACAGAAUUGCAGUACCUAUCUAACAAGGUGAGGUAAGAAACUCGAGGAUUGGGCAGUUUGAGAUGAGAAAGUUACAAAAGUAGUGGACAAACAAAGAGACUCUGUGUGUGUGUGUGUGUGUGUGUGUGUGUGUGUGUGUGUGUGUGUGUGUGUUUCCACCAUGGGGAGGCUGGAGCAUCCUUGGACUUCUGGCUUUGAGUAACAAGGAAUCCAUCAAGUAACAUCCCACACACCCAGCAGAGGAUCUGAGGCCGGUACCACUGAAGGUCAGUGAUGUAAUGUCUAAGGAACCGCUUGCCCAGUCGUAUUGCAAGGAUAAUUAUCUUGUAAUAAGCCUAGGGGUUACUAAUAAAAUUCAGUUGAUACCAA